CCCCAGAGCGCGAGGCGCGGACCGAGAGUCGAGCGUCCGGAGCGUGCGGAGCCCCGGAUCUGCGAAGGGCGCGGGCAGUGGCCACGAUGUGCGGAAUCUUCGCCUACAUGAACUACAGAGUCCCCCGGACGAGGAAGGAGAUUUUUGAAACCCUCAUCAGGGGCUUGCAGCGACUUGAGUACAGAGGCUAUGACUCGGCAGGUGUGGCAAUCGAUGGAAAUAAUAAUGAAGUCAAAGAAAGACAUAUCCAGCUAGUCAAGAAAAGAGGAAAUGUCAAGGCUCUUGAUGAAGAACUUUACAAACAAGACAGCAUGGACUUAAAGGUGGAGUUUGAAACCCACUUUGGCAUUGCCCACACACGCUGGGCCACCCACGGGGUCCCCAAUGCUGUCAACAGCCACCCACAGCGCUCAGACAAAGGCAACGAAUUUGUUGUCAUCCAUAAUGGGAUCAUCACAAAUUACAAAGACCUGAGGAAAUUUCUGGAAAGCAAAGGCUACGAGUUUGAGUCAGAAACAGAUACAGAGACCAUCGCCAAGCUGAUUAAAUACGUGUUCGACAACAGAGAAACUGAGGACAUUACAUUUUCAACACUGGUUGAGAGAGUCAUUCAGCAGUUGGAAGGCGCAUUCGCAUUGGUCUUUAAGAGCAUCCAUUACCCAGGAGAAGCUGUUGCCACAAGGAGAGGCAGCCCCCUGCUCAUUGGAGUGCGGAGCAAAUACAAACUCUCCACAGAACAGAUCCCCGUCUUGUACCGGACACGCAAUAUUGAGAACGUGAAGAAUAUCUGUAAAACAAGGAUGAAGAGGCUGGACAGCUCAGCCUGCCUUCACGCCGUGGGUGAUAAAGCGGUGGAAUUCUUCUUUGCUUCUGAUGCAAGUGCUAUCAUAGAACACACCAACCGGGUCAUCUUCCUUGAGGAUGAUGACAUCGCCGCAGUGGCUGAUGGGAAACUCUCCAUUCACCGGGUCAAGCGUUCGGCUAGUGAUGACCCAUCUCGAGCCAUCCAGACCUUGCAGAUGGAACUGCAGCAAAUCAUGAAAGGUAACUUCAGUGCAUUUAUGCAGAAGGAGAUCUUUGAACAGCCAGAGUCAGUUUUCAAUACCAUGAGAGGUCGCGUGAAUUUCGAGACCAACACAGUGCUCCUGGGUGGCUUGAAGGACCACUUGAAGGAGAUUCGAAGAUGCCGGCGUCUCAUCGUGAUUGGCUGUGGAACCAGCUACCACGCCGCUGUGGCCACACGGCAAGUUUUGGAGGAACUGACCGAGCUCCCAGUGAUGGUUGAACUUGCUAGCGACUUUCUGGACAGGAACACGCCCGUGUUCAGGGACGAUGUUUGCUUUUUCAUAAGCCAGUCAGGGGAGACCGCUGACACCCUCCUGGCGCUGCGCUACUGUAAGGACCGCCGGGCUCUGACCGUGGGCGUCACCAACACCGUGGGCAGCUCCAUCUCCCGAGAGACCGAUUGCGGCGUCCACAUCAACGCGGGCCCAGAGAUCGGCGUGGCCAGCACCAAGGCUUACACCAGUCAGUUCAUCUCCCUGGUGAUGUUUGGCCUGAUGAUGUCCGAGGACCGAAUUUCUCUACAAGACAGAAGGCGGGAGAUCAUUCAUGGCCUGAGAUCUUUACCUGGGCUGAUCAAGGAAGUCUUGUCGCUGGAUGAGAAGAUCCAUGACCUGGCCCUGGAGCUCUACACGCAGAGGUCACUCCUGGUCAUGGGGCGGGGCUACAACUACGCCACGUGCUUGGAAGGAGCCCUGAAAAUUAAAGAGAUAACCUACAUGCACUCAGAAGGCAUCCUGGCUGGGGAGCUGAAGCAUGGGCCCCUGGCGCUGAUUGACAAGCAGAUGCCCGUCAUCAUGGUCAUCAUGAAGGAUCCUUGCUUUGCCAAAUGCCAGAACGCCCUGCAGCAGGUCACAGCCCGCCAGGGCCGCCCGAUUAUACUGUGCUCCAAGGAUGACACUGAGAGUUCCAAGUUUGCAUAUAAAGCGAUCGCGCUGCCCACCACCGUGGACUGCCUCCAGGGCGUCCUGAGCGUGAUCCCGCUCCAGCUCCUCUCCUUCCACCUGGCUGUCCUCCGAGGAUAUGACGUUGACUUCCCCAGAAAUCUGGCCAAGUCUGUAACCGUGGAAUGAGAACAAGAGCAUGAGGAAACCAUCGCCACCUUUAGUCUCGUUCAAGACCUGUCCCAGUGAUGCCAAGGGGGAAGAAGAGCGGGCAUUCUGCGUGUUCUGAGUAGAUCCCAGUAGAGCUUAACAGCUUUGACGUGCCUUGUACCCAAGUGCUUUGCUUACAGCAGAUACUGUUUCUCCAUGUCCUGAAGUCUCCAGAGGAGAAGGGAAUCGUUUACACAUGGGGAUCAGAGCGGACUUUUCCACUACCGUGCAAUAGAGAUACAGCUCUCUUCAGAGUAACUGUGAACCUUUUUUAACCAACACUAGUUAGUUUUAAAAGACAAAAUAUUUAUAAUAAUUGUAUAGCUUUUAAGUUAUUUUUCUGGUACAUGGCUGUCUGUAGCCAAGGUAAUGACCAGACUGUGCACCCCAGCUAGGGCAGAGUGCCCAGUCUCCUGGCAGGGGACAUUCCUCUCAGAUUUGAGCACAAAGCAAUGCCCCUCUGGACUCCUUUCUCCUUUCCCAUCCUCUUUUGGCUGCUCCUGAAUCCUGUCCCCUCAUGUCAGGGAGGCCUCCCGCCAUCUUCCUAUGCGUCCUGUAAGUCUUGUCAAAAUCUUAAUGUCCUUCAACGGUUUCUUCUUGUCUAAAUCUCUUCAACUUUUGUUUAAUCUGAUCAUGGUUCUUUUUAAGCCCAGGCAGCAUUUAAUCCCUGCUCCUGCCCAUAGUAAAAGAGCUUGAAAUAUCUCAUGCAAGAGAGUACUUUCAAGGGGCUACCUUGCCCUCUAUUUAAAAGUGUGCACAAAGUACUAUGCAAUAUUAAGACAAUAAAGACAGUACAAUUUU